AUGGGGGAAAAGCACAACCCGGAACCCAUUUCCGACGGAUCUCAAGCGAAGUCAUCCAAGGGCCAGGGGGCACCGGCAGACAAUGCUCCGUCCUCAAAACGACGAUGUGUGAGCACAGCGUGCAUCGCUUGUCGCAGGCGGAAAUCCAAGUGCGAUGGAAAUCUUCCGAGUUGCGCCGCUUGCUCUUCCGUCUAUCAUACUACAUGCGUUUAUGACCCAAACUCCGAUCACCGGCGAAAGGGAGUCUACAAGAAGGAUACCGAUACGUUGAGGACCAAGAACUCGACCCUCUUGACUCUAAUACAGGCUCUACUAAAUUAUGAGGAAGAGGAUGCCUUCGACCUGGUCCGCCAGAUCCGGUCUUGUGAUAACUUAGAAGACGUGGCACAAUCCCUUAUAAACCAAGAGAAAAGGUCUUCAGGUCUUUCAAAUGCUGCGGUAUCUGAAGAUGAUAGUCUCACGCAGGCUGAUCAAUUCGAGUCUGAACUUGCCGGAAAGAUGAGCAACCUAGUUUUAGACGGAUCUCGCAAAUUUAUUGGAGGGACAUCAAAUCUCAUCUUCCUACCUCCUGGGUCAGAGCUUAACGAGUUCAGCCCUGGCUUGGCCACCGGUGGUCCUGCGGGUUCCGUCACGCAAUGGACGACGGUGACUGAUGAUCAGCAGCUCAUUAGCCACCUCUUGACGAUGUACUUUUCGUGGCAUUACCCGUUCUUCACUACUCUGUCCAAGGAACUUUUCUACCGCGACUACUCUCGUGGUGUUCCAAGUCAAUACUGUUCCUCCCUGCUCGUCAACACAAUGCUAGCUUUAGGGUGUCACUUCAGCUCCUGGCCCGGAGCUCGUGCGGAUCCUGACAACUCUGCAACCGCUGGAGACCAUUUUUUCAAGGAAGCUAAAAGAUUAAUCCUUGACAACGAUGAGCUUGUCAACUCCAAACUGUGUACCGUGCAAGCCUUGGCUCUCAUGUCCGUACGAGAGGCCGGAUGCGGUCGUGAAGGAAAAGGCUGGGUUUACAGCGGCAUGAGUUUUCGUAUGGCGUUCGACCUGGGCCUCAAUCUUGAAUCCUCCGGUCUACGUGAUCUUAGCGACGAAGAGGUAGAUGCGCGACGGAUAACUUUCUGGGGCUGUUUUCUCUUUGACAAAUGUUGGUCCAAUUAUCUCGGUCGUCAGCCUCAGUUUACGACAGCCAACACAAGCGUCUCCGCGGUGGAUAUCCUACCCAGCGAGGAAUCAACAUUAUGGUCGCCUUACACCGAUACGGGCCCUAGUCGGGAAUAUGCACAGCCCUCACGGACAAGGGCAGUCGCAGACCAGAUUUCCAAGCUGUGUAAGAUUAGUGGAGAUCUAGUGGUGUAUUUCUACGACCUUGCUCCCAAAGACAAGCCGACAUCUAAGCAAGUGGAGCUGAAGAAGCUGAGCGAGAUUCACACUCGGUUAGAAGCUUGGAAGAAAGGCCUACCGAAGGAACUCGAAUCACGGGAAGGCCAACUUCCCCAGGCGCUACUCAUGCACAUGCUCUACCAACUCCUCCUAAUCCACCUUUAUCGCCCGUUUCUCAAAUACACAAAAUCGACCUCGCCGCUCCCUCAACAUGUCUCUCCCCGCAAGUUAUGCACGCAGGCUGCUGCUUCCAUCUCAAAGCUGCUUCGACUCUACAAACGCACAUACGGGUUCAAGCAGAUUUGCAAUAUUGCUGUUUAUAUUGCGCACACGGCCUUGACCAUUCACCUUCUCAAUAUACCCGAAAAGAAUGCCCAGAGAGAUGUCAUACAUGGUCUACGGCACCUUGAGGAAAUGGGAGAGUUCUGGCUUUGUGCUAGGCGAACACUGCGCAUCCUCGACAUCUCCGCCACUAAGUGGCAAAUACAGCUGCCCAGAGAAGCCGUCAUUGUCUUUGAACAAACACAUGCCCGAUGGGGCUCGUGGGGUCCAUGGGACCAACCGGCAUCACCUUCAACCUCCACAGACUCACCACCCACCGUGACUUCUCAACCGCUCAUUGCCUCCACGAAUCUACCUCAACCUCAGCCUAUGAACCAUCCUACAGGCAGUCAGGCUGUCAAUCCUCCUAUGCAGUCAUCUCCCGUCAUCGCGGGGCCAGUGGGCUCUCAAUAUCCAUCCGCGCCUCCUGGUCCUGUCUCCGUAUCCGCGAUGCGCGCUGCCCAGCGAUCCUUUAGUGCCCAGCUUGCUCGAAACGAAGCUCAGCAACCCGAGCCAACAUAUUUAAGACCAGUCACCACCAGCUAUGGGCCGGCAUCGUCUGGUCAGCUUCCGUCACAAGAGCAAUGGUACAGUCCGAAUGAAGCGCAAAUGCGUGCUUUUACCGCUGUCCACAAUGUAUCUGCAGCGGCCGCUCAAUCUCCAUUGACCACCUUUGAUACACCGGGAAAUUUGGUCGAAGAGAGCCAAGACUGGUGGUCUCGUGACAUAAAUGCGUUACAACUUGGGGCCGACGAUUGGACGCAAGGUUGGAACAAUGGCAUUCCCACCACAUCGUCCGAUUGGCGUUACGUGAACAAUAUUCCCAAUAUCCCAUCUACAUCAGCGCCAAAUGCCGAUUAUAAGCCUCCACAGCCGCCUUCCAACAUGGCAAGACCAAAUCAAACCCCAACAACUCCUGGCGAGAACCUGAAGAGCAAUGGAAACAACGCGAUGUUCCCCGGUAAUUAUCAGCGAUAG